UUACUACACGAACGAAUGUACUAUUUCUCACACACAGAAAAGGGUGGAAUUUAGGCGUGUCUACUUCGAGGCUGGCAGGUAAAAACCCAAUGGAUGGGAAACGCGGAAGUUCGCAAAAACUGACAAGUGCUUGCACAAUCACAGUUGGUUUAAUGGAGAUGAAGUGAAAGCGACGGGUCACCAGGGAUGCUGAGCGCGUCUCCGUAAAUCUUUUGUUUACUCUUUCGAUCUGAUGGUUGGAUUUGAUCUCAGGUAGCCAGGAAAACCAAACUCAGUACAACGAUCGACAGGCGAUGCGUCUCUGAUGUGAAUUCAGACGCUCUUCUACUAUCUACUUCAGACCUUUAAAUCAGCAGUCAGGCUCCAGAGUCACAAUGAGCGCUGCAGCCAGUGAGGGUCAAGCACCCUCCAUCUCUGCUGGAGAUCCAGAGGGACUCAGUGUAAAGGAUGUCAAUCAGUUGAUCAUGGAGUUCCUGAUGUUCAUUAUGAGAGCGAUUGUCCUGUGCUAUCCCAUAUACCUGACCGGCUCGCUUGGACUCAGCAUCAGCUGGAUUCUUCUGAGCAUGCUGAUGUGGACCAUGUGGAAAAACAACCGCAGGUGGAAAGAUCAGAGGAUCGAUACAGCCAUUGACUUUUUGGAGAACGAGAAGGACGUGAUCAGCACUGAACUCAAAGCCAUGAACAUGCCAACUUGGAUUCACUUUGCAGAUGUUGAGAAGGCUGCUUGGAUCAACAAGAUUCUUCAGCAAGCAUGGCCGUUUUUUGGCAUGUACAUGGAAAAGCUUCUAAUUGAUAACAUUCAGCCAUCUGUAAGAUCGUCCAGCCCCCAUCUGAAGACCUUCACCUUUACUAAAGUUCACAUGGGACAGAAGGCUCCAACUAUUACAGGGGUACGAGUGUACACACAUGAGCUGGAAACAAGAGAGGUCAUCCUCGACUUCAACAUUAUUUAUGAUGCUGAUGUAGACAUUGAUGCAGAUGUUAAACCAGCCAUCAAAGUAGGAGUCAAAGGCCUUCAGCUUCAGGGAAUGCUACGUGUAAUUCUCGAGCCUCUGAUUGGCCAGUCACCCCUUGUAGGUGGAGUCACCAUGUUCUUCAUUCGUCGACCUGCUCUGCAAGUCAAUUGGACUGGAAUGACUAAUGUUUUGGAUGGUCCAGGACUAAGUCAUUUGUCAGAAUCGGCCAUUGUGGAUAUCAUAGCCUCUCUCAUGGUUCUGCCCAAUCGCAUGUGCAUCCCUUUGAUCGAUCAAGUCAAGGCUGACCAAAUGAAGUUUCCUCUUCCUCGAGGUGUUGUACGGGUCCAUGUUUUGGAGGCCCGGGAUCUUGUAGCAAAGGACACGUACAUGAUGGGACUUGUAAAGGGCAAGUCAGAUCCAUAUACUGUGCUGAGAGUCGGAAACAAGCAAUUCAAAACAAAGACCAUCAAAGAAACUUUGAAUCCACGCUGGAAUGAAGUUUAUGAGUUUGUCGUUCAUGAAGCUCCUGGGCAAGAGUUAGAGGUGGAACUUUAUGACGAAGACACGGAUGCUGAUGACUUUUUGGGCAGGUACAGUCUGGAUUGUGGGGAUGUGAGGAAAGACAGAGAAUUAGAUGAGUGGUUCACCCUGGAGGACAUUGAGACUGGUCAGAUACAUAUGAAAUUGCAAUGGUUUUCUUUGCACUCAAACCCAGCACUACUGAAGGAGACCAGAGAUGGGCUCGCUUGUGCCAUGUUGGCGGUAUACUUAGAUAGUGCCUCUAAUCUGCCUAAAGACCACCGUGAAUUCACCCAUAAUGAAAAGCAUGGAAAACCACCCAAAGAAUCUCGGCUCACUAGAAGAACUAACGAUCCCAACUCAUGCGUGGAGUUUUCCAUUGAUCAGCAAAGUCAAAAAAGCAAGGUUGUGUUUGCCUCAAAAGACCCGACUUAUGAUGAAUGCUUCACAUUCUUUGUGCACAGUGUGAAUAACCAAGUGUUGAAUGUUGAGGUAAAAGAACACGAGAAAAAAUCCUCACUGGGCAAACUCACUCUGCCGUUGGUCCGGCUGCUCAAUGUAUCCGACAUGACCAUGGACCAGCGCUUUCAGCUUGAGUGCUCCGGAGCCAACAGCCAGAUCAAGAUGAAAGCUGUUCUCAGGAUUCUUAAUUUGGAGAAACUGGAACCAAAGGUUGUCGCUCCACCAAAUCAGGCUCAGGAAAACGUCUCAUCUCUCCAAAGUCGUCCUGAGCCUCAAACUCCAGCUCCAGCUCAGCCUGUGCAGAGCAACCCGGAAGAAAAAGUGCCUGUUUCAUCUGUUCCAGUCUCCAGAACACAGGCUGUUCCUGUUCCUGUGCCAUCUUCAGUCAGCUCCUGUAAUGAACUCCAAGCGGAAUAUCCUCACUACCGACGAAGCAAUUUUGUUGGCACAGAGUCGCUGCGUUCGACUCCCUCCACCCCCAGUCAAAUGCGUCGCUACGAUCCCCACAGUCUGUUGUCAGAGAACUCGAUAGCUUCUCGCUUCGAUCUUACGGACAGUGUCCCUUAUCCAGAGGCCAUCCUGCAUCAUCAGGGCAGCUUUGGGCAGGUUCAUCUCACCUUGCGUUAUGCCACCUUAAGGAAGCGGCUCAUUAUUAUUGUCAGCUGCUGCAAGGAUCUGUUCUCCUGCAGCGAGAGCGGCUCUGAUACUUACGUCCGCAUGUAUCUGCUGCCUGAUCAGACGUGGAAGCACCGCAAGCGCACUCCGGUUAAAAAGAAGACCGUGAACCCUGUCUUCAAUGAGACAUUUGAGUUUGCCGUGUCAAUGGAGGAAGCAAGAACAAGAAAGCUGGAUGUUGCAGUAAAAAACAAUAAAAUGCUUCACAAAAGAGAGCGAAAGGAGAUUGGAAUGGUUUUGAUUGAUAUGUCUGAAAUGGAUCUGAUCAAGGGAUCCACAGAAUGGUAUGAACUCACUCUCCCUGGACUAAAGAAGACAAACUAGCAGAACUAGUCACAAAUGUAUUAUUUGCUCCUAUUUUAUUUAUUUUUUAUGACGGACUAAGCAUUUUGACUCUGACUUGGUGAUUUGAAUACAUAAUUCCUAAUUCAACUCAUCAUUUUGUGUCUCAUUGCUGAUGUUGACCUCAUGCUAUACUUUUUAUUUUACAUUCAUUUCACUUAAAUUCAUUUUUGUGUGUGUGUGUGAUACAGUAAUUCUUGACAUGACAGGAGGUGAUCUGGAUUUAGAUAUUUUUUCAACCUUUCUGUCCAUGUGUAUAUAAAAUUUUGAGUUUUUGUUUAUAAAUAUUAUUACGAAGACACGUAUAUAGACAAAUCUGAUUUUAAAACUUAAAACACAGUAUUAUGUUUGAUUGUUAUAAUGCAAUGCCAAAAGUAUCAGUUGUAUGUUGUAUAAGGGUGUAAGAAAUAACAAUAAAAC